AUGGAGAGAAUCGAUGUGCACGCCCAUUGUGUCCCGCCGUUGUACCGGGAUUGUUGCUUGAAAAAUGAUUUCGCUGGCAGAGGUCACCCUGAUGGCAUGCCAGCAAUACCAGAAUGGGACCCCGAGACACACAUUGCAAUGAUGAAAGAUUUAGGCAUCGCGAAAUCAAUUCUCAGCAUGUCAUCCCCGGGAACGCAUCUGUUUCCUGGCGAUGAUCAACAGGCACGGAAGCUGACAAGAGACGUGAACGAAUACAUGUCAGAAGUUUGCACCAAACACAAGCAAUACUUUCAAUUCUUCGCGUCGCUUCCACUUCCGGAUGUUGAAGGCUCCCUCGCUGAGAUCGACUACGCUCUCGACCACCUGGGGGCCGUGGGAUUUCAGAUCAUGACAAAUUCCCACGGUAUCUAUCCCGGGGAUCCACGACUGAGCCGCGUCUUUGACAAACUCAGUGAUCGGAAUACUAUCGUUUUCUUCCAUCCAACUAGUUGCAACCUUGAACGAGGGAACGGCUUGGUGGAGCACGUAAACCCAAUGGCGGGAGUUCCAAGUCCCCUCAUGGAGUUCAUGUUUGAUACCACGCGAGCGCUCACGAGUCUAUUUACAUCCGGCACGGUCACUCGGUGUCCAGGUAUUACCUUUGUGAUAUGUCACUGUGGUGCAACCUUCCCGCCAAUUGUGGCACGAAUUGCCGAAUUUUCUUCCUUUCUCGUCAAAGAUGGAGCGCCAUUGACCAUUGAAUCCAUAAAGAAUCUUUUACAAACUCGUUUCUACAUCGACCUUGCCGGUAUACCAUUUCCAGAUCAGAUUCACGGUCUCCUUAGACAUGUCGACUCUACUAGAUUGGUCUACGGGAGCGACUAUCCCUUUACGUCGGCGCCACUUGCGAAAUCUUUGGCAAAGCGGUUGGAUGACGGUCUGGAAACUAAUUUUGGAUCAGAUACAAAAAAGCGGGUUCUCUUGACGAACGCUCAAAACAUGCUAGGCAAAUAG